UUUGCAGUCAUGGGCAGGAACACAGAGGCCACAGCUUCCUACCCAUUGAGGAAGCUGCUGACAUCUUUAAGGAUAAAUUGAAAUCCUCCUUAGCUUCUCUCACACAGAGAAAGGAAACAGCUUUAGAAGCAGAAGCCAAACAGAAAGAAAAGAUUUCUCAACUGAAGGAACAGGUGAAGAGUCUGCAGACCCACGUCACGGGAGGAAGCUGCUGCCAACAGAAGUGUGUGAGGCUGAUCCUUCCUGUGUCCAAGUACAAAUGGCCUUUGAAGAACACAGUCUGGAGACAGAUUAUAGACAACAUCAGCCCAGCUCCGGCCGCUCUGACUCUGGAUCCUGACACAGCGAAUCCAUGGCUCAUCCUGUCUGAGGACCUGACCAGCGUGAGACUCGGAGACACAUCGCAGCAGCUCCCGGACUCCCCGAAGAGGUUUGAUACCUGUCCCUGUGUUCUGGGGUCGGAGGGCUUCACAUCAGGGAGACAUUACUGGGAGGUGCAGGUGGGCAUCAAGACCAAGUGGGAUGUGGGAUUGGCCCGAGAGUCUGUCAACAGGAAAGGAGAGAUCACACUGUCACCAGAGAAUGGAUUCUGGGCUGUGUAUCUGAGAAACGGGGAUGAAUAUGAAGCUUGUACCUCACCUCCCACCCGCCUGCCCCUGAGAGAGAGACCCGGGAAGCUGGGAGUGUUCCUGGACUAUGAGGGGGGAGAGGUGACAUUUUACAACGCUGAUAACAUGUCUCAUCUCCACACUUUCACCCAGACUUUCACUGAGAAACUUUUUCCGUACUUCUAUCCCGGUGUUGAUGAUGGCGGCAAAAACUCUGAUCCUCUGAGGAUCUGUCGGGUGACAGAUUAAUGAGGAGGAAACCCUCAGCCAUGACCUGUGUUUGGCUGUGAUGGCCACGAGGCUGAACCUUUUAUAAUCUGUGUCCUUAUACAAUAAAGCUUGUGGUUUAUAUGACACCUUUCACACUGGGACCGCGGCUCAAUCCUUUCUCGGGAUCGACUGUGAAGCGACGGUUGUGUUU